AAUUAAUCUUCACCUUGACACCGUGCCUGAGCAUUUGAACUCCUGAAUCACAAUGUCCUCGCAACAACUUUCUUUGUUUUUUUCUCUUCUCUCUUCCAGGAAAUGCACCUUCUCUGGUUCUGGCUGUCGCUCCUUCCUCUGCUCACGGCAGUUAAUGGAUUAGGGUUCAAGCCCCCGCACACGCGCUCGAAUGCGGAGCGCAUCGCAGCGGGAGAACAACUUGCCAAACCGCGCAGGAUGUAUGGCCUAGGCGGGGAGAAAAUCUUUCCCGUACCGCGCGCCGCGCCGUCUGGUCUCGCUUUUCCCAUCUCAAGGCCGGCAGCGACACAGACCGGCUAUCUAGGGCUUUUCGACGCCACAGGCACUUUCCUCGGGUACUUUUCGCUCCCCGCUGCGGGGAUCACCUCGUCUCUUCCUCCCAUCCAGCCACAGGCGCAACCGGGAAGGCGGUCGGCGUAUGCAGGCAAGUACUCUUUCGCCACGCCAGCCCAUCCCGGUGACCCGGUGGCCAUCUAUCUUGCGGAUGACCCCGGUUACUUUUUUAACGGGAUCGGAAUGAGCAACGGAUUGACUCUUGGAUCGGGCCUUGGCACAUGGGUUACUGUGGUUGUUUCUGGCGUCGUCACCUCGUCGGGCGUACCUCCCUACCUCAAUCUCUACGAAACUUAUAUCUUUACUGUUGAUGAGACAACUGGUCAGGUUGGAGUGCAAUGGGUUAAUCCUGGGAGCACAGGAGUCUACACCCCGGCAUCUUUCAUGUGGUCCCCGUCCCGAAAUAUCCUCACAUUCACCGGUGACACGACUGCUGCUCGGGCUGGCUACCAGACUACUUCCGGCACGUUUGAUUCGAGUUCGGGGCUGGGUGCAGAUGCCGUCGAAGUGCUGAAGUCCCACUUUGGGCUUUCUGAUGCGACGUACUCCAUCCUUCACGGCAGUUGCUACCUUUCGGAUGCCCAAGUCACCGAGAUUCAAGCCAGCGUGGACAUGGCAGAAACGGAGAGAACGAAGCUCAUGCGCAAGAUCAAUGAGAUCAAGGCAGAUCUGAUGUUUCACGAGAAGGACGAGCGACGAAUCUCAAAGUACAUCACUCUUUGUCGCGCGACGCUUGCCCCGAUCCGGCGCCUUCCCGAAGAGGCGCUGUCCCUCAUCUUUGUAGCCUAUGCGGGCCACGAUGCAACGCACGAUAGUGGGCUGGAUAUGGAGAAGGGCAGAUGGGCUAUAGCAAAAGUCAGCAGCUGCUGGCGCAAGGUGGCCUUUGCCACGCCCGCUUUGUGA